AUGACGGCAAGAAUUAUUCCCAACGGAAUUACUAUAUCCACAAGCACUUCCAGGCACACAUUUGCCUCCUUUCUUUCGCGUGAUCUAGCGUAUGACCAAAUUGUGAAAAUCUGGGACCUUCGUAAAAAAAUCAAUUCUGUGAUACCAAUACCUCUACCUAUUGACGACGACGACGACAACGGAACGGAGGAUGAUGAUUCAUUGUACGAGGAAGGAGAUACCGAAGAAGAUGAGGAGGAUAUAUCAUCUGCCGAUUCUGCUGUCGUUCUAAAGACACCAAAAGCGGAAUCAAAUAAGCCGCCUUCCGCCUCACCCUCUCCUUCCCCUCCCGCUGCCUCUUCAUCAAAUUCAGCCGCUGCUGCUGCUGCUGCUGACGCUAAUCAAACACCGGAGAAAUCGGCUAGACUUUCUCCUACGAUCGCCAAACAACGUCCCAGAUCAGUUUCAGAUUCCAAUUAUAAGCCAAGAUCAACAGCAUCAGCAACAUCAACAACUGCUGUCACGAUACCCGAACCAAAAGUCUCUCCCUUACGUCAACAGACGGUGAUGACACCCACCAUUAAAAAGACAAGGGUUUGUCCUUGUACUGUCAAUGGAGAACAGUAUCCUCAUAUUGCCCUCAAUGAAACUUAUAAGGGAUCUGUUCAAGCCAUGUUUCGUUUAUUGUUUGAUAGUAAUUUCUUUCCAGGAUUUCUUGAACGGUAUGAGAAUUUCGAACAUGUUCAAUCAAGUGCAUGGAAGCAUGGAAAACGCCAGGUUAUUGGUCAACGACGUAUCAAGAGUUCUACCACAGGCACACGCGUUGUGAAAACAUUAUUCGAAGAACGUAGAAUUCAUCGAAAAAUACCUUACUAUACUUGUAUCACUGCUAAAAAAUCAAUGCCAGAUAUGCCGAUGGGUGCUGUGUACUCGAUUCAAUCACGAACCUGUAUCACUCGCGUGAGUAAAGACAAGGUCCAUGUCCUGGUUACAUUUCAAGUCGUCUUUUCCAAAACCGGCCUUGUCAGUUCUAUCAUUGAAAAAAACGCAGCCGAUGAUCAAUUAAGACUCUACAGUCAUUUAAAUUCAAUUUUAAACAAACCUGAAUUAAUCAAGGAAUUGGUCAAUGAUCAACAACUUUUACAAGAUUUAAAUUUGGCCAAUCGUCCCAACAGCAACAGCAACAGCAGCAAGAGCAGGUCAUCGACGAAAAAGUAUGCAGGUCAAGGAUGGAUUUCGUAUGCUAUGGAUUGGGUCGGAUCCACUCGUUUAAUCGGGUUUGUUUAUUUUGGUUUCUUUCUGGUGUUAGUGACCCAUUGUUUAUUAGCUUUACGUUUGAAGCGUAUCACCAAUACACUCGAUUUAGUACAGCAACAGAAACAUCUUACAACCCACACUGACUCUCAAUGGAUUGAUAAUAAAAUGAACCGCGUCAAUCAACACUUGAAUCAGUUAAAGGAAGAAGUACAGGAUUAUCAUCAAAGAAUUCAAAAGCUUCACAAUGUACAAUAA